UCGCUUUAAAAUGCUGUUUACAAGUGUUGUUCCGAUUUUGAGCAUUGUCUGCUUUGUAGGCGCUGCCAACAUCAAAAGCCAAGAUCGUAUAAUUGGAGGCGAGAGUGCAAAUAUACAAGAGGUCCCUUACCAAUGCUCUCUUUCCGAAGACGGAUCGCACGUCUGCGGAUGCAGUAUAAUAUCACCAACAUUGAUCCUUACCGCUGCUCACUGCUUGGAAGACGUUAAUCCUUCAAAACAUAAUUUGGAGAUACGCGCUGGUUCGAAUAAACAUGAUGACGGUGGUGUUGUAAAGAAAGUCAAGAGUUUCAUAGUUAAUCCAAUGUAUAAUGGGGAUUCAAUGGAUAACGAUUCAGGUGUAUUACGUCUAGAGAGUCCUUUAGCCUUCAGUAAUAAAAUAAAAAGCAUCGAGUUCGAUGAUGCUCUUCCAGUAGAUGGAAUUAAAGCCAUUGUCAGUGGUUGGGGAUUGAUUAAAAACAAUGGCAGAGAUUUAUCACCAGUGCUUAAGAAGGCAGAUGUGACUCUAAUUUCACGAGAAUCUUGCAUGAAAACAGCUUAUAAAAAUAAUAUUAAGGAAUCCAUGUUUUGUGCUAGAGGUGAAGGUACUGAUGCAUGUCAAGGAGAUUCUGGUGGCCCAAUUUUAAAUGUUGAAACUAAUAAAUUGAUCGGUAUCAUAUCAUUUGGAUUUGACUGUGGCUCUGAAAAAAAUCCAGGAGUAUACUCCUCGAUUGGAAGAUCUAUGAAAUUCAUUGAAAAAGCAAUGAAAACUUUGUCAACUUAAUAAAUAUAAGAAUAUAAAUUGUGAUAAAUUUGUAUAUUUA